CACUUCCGGGGCAUAGUACAGACUGACAAUAACAUGGUUCCUGUAGCGUAGAUUGGGGAAGCUGACCGUAAAUACACAUCGCGGGUCAGAGAGCCUUAGUGCAUAGUCAUAGAUGGUAGUGAAGGGAGGCUGAGUGCUGGAAGCUGUACAAUGGCGCCCCCUACAGCAUGAGAGUGACGGACACAUCAUUAUGUGUGUGCUCGGUGGUAUGGAUUGUGCGGGGAGCUUGCACAUUUCUUGGCAGUGUGACGUGUCUGUAGACUGACCCGCCUGUAUACCGGUAGGGUACAGUAUAGUUUCUAUAGGCAGAUCCGCCAUAGCUCAGGUGAUUAGGGAUGGUCCAGGUGCUGUCUAUGGUGUGGAGGAAGAUCCUGCGCAAGAGAUGGGUGCUGGGCAUAGUAUUUGGCCUCUCUCUGAUCUAUUUUCUCACCAGCACCUUCAAGCAGGAAGAGAAGACCAUCAGAGACAGAACUCUUCUUCAGACCAGAGAUCAAGGGCAAAACGUUCAGUGGAAAAUUCAGUUUAACCUUGGGAACAGCAGCCGGCUCAGUAACCAGUGCCGCAACUCUGUGCAGGGCAAACUCCUCAUUACAGAUGAUCUAGGUUAUGUAUGUGAACGUAAAGAACUGCUUGCAAAUGGAUGCUGCAAUAUCAAUGUGGCCAGUACCAGACAAUAUAACUGUGAGAGCUGUCUACCUAAUGGAUGCUGCAGUGUCUACGAGUACUGCGUGUCUUGCUGCUUACAGCCCAACAAGCAACAUAUAUUGGAACGUUUUUUAAAAAGAGCUGCGAUGGGGUUUCAGAAUUUAUUCAUGGCAGUAGAAGACCACUUCGAGCUGUGCUUGGCCAAGUGUCGGACAUCUUCACAGAGUGUACAGCAUGAAAACACCUACCGGAAUCCAGUGGCCAAGUUCUGCUAUGGAGAAAACCCUCCAGAACUUCUACCCAUGUGAACCAGUCUGUGAUCACUACCUGGGGGACAAAUAUAUCAUAUGACCAUGCAAUACCAUGGGUCUGGUGUUCUGGACCUUUACUGAAGACUUACGGGUACCACAUGUAGUAUCUACAGUGACGUCAGUUGUAAUUUAAGAACUAAAUCUUGAAAUAAUAUUUUCACGUUCUAGUUGGUGUGCAUGGAGUGCAGCAUUGGGUCAGCAGAAAACCUCUAGUAGGGAGACUAUCGGGCACUUUUAUACAAAUGGUGACAACAUAGUGCUCAAUGCGCUCAGUGGUUUGGGAAUUUGAGACCAGUACCGUGUCAGAAUUUAGGGGAUCAUUUAAAACUUAAUAAAGCCCCUGCACUGGUGGUGGAUCGAUGAAGUUAGGCCUCUAGAUGACUUCGGUUCCUCCAGUGCCAGUUCUAAAUGUAAGGCCGCUUCUGAACCGUCUUACAUCGAUACCAUUUUCUACGCUUAAUACCGUUUUUUUGCAGAUGGCACACUGACUCGUUUAUUUCUGCGGGGCCAUACACACAGACCUGUUUUUCUGUUCUGCAAAUUAUAGAACAUGUCCUAUGCUGAUCUGUUUUUGCAGACAAGCACAGCCCUUUCUAUUGAUAGGAGUGAGAAAAAAGACACGCAAGGUAUCCAUAUUUUGUGCAUGCGUUGUUUGCAGGCCGGAAUACCGGCACGGUCGUGUGCAUGAGACCUCAUAAUGGACAAUGUUGGUUUUUUGAGUGGAAAUUAGCACUUCAGAAUGAAAACUUGUGAGCCUUGAUGAAAAUAUGCAAUGAUCUAAAUUGUACCUUCGGAGUUACUUUUGGCCACAUCUCCCAUCCAAUCUUACUGCAGGAGAGACAGCUGGCAGAGCGGGCAAACAACUGUAUAACGCCAAAAGGCUCUCCGUCAAAGCCGAAACGCAGAAGAGGGGACGCAGCAGGGAGGAACUUGCGUGUGUGUGCACCAUUUGUAAAACUGUCCCCCAUUGUCCCUCCUGCUAGGCCAUCCUUCCUUUUGUGUUGGGGAAAAAAAAGAAGUCAUACAGCCAUACAGUGAUGAUGCCCAGCACAAUGCAAGGGUGGCACGUUUUACCCUUAAACUCGAUACCUAAUGACACGAUCAAAUCCCCAUGCACUCCUGCAACGCCCCCUUUAAAAACAAAUUACUUAAGGGUAUAUUCACACGCAGCAGAUUUAGUUGCAGAAGUUUCUGUGGUUGCUAAUCACUUCCAUACAUGUGAAUGGGAUUGUUUCUGCUGCAAGCGCAAAUCUGCCACAUGUGAAUUCAUCCUUUAAAAAAAAAAAAAAGUACUAAAUAUAUAAGCUUCCCAGCCUCUGGGACACCGUGAUCAUUCUGCCUCAACAUGUCCCAAUAUUAUUUUCUUAGGACAUAUUUUUAUCUCUUUUUUUUAUUCCGUUAAUGGCGUAACUGAAUUUCUGUGUAUUUAAUAUUUGUAGAAUUGAUUCAUGUAAAUAUUUCAUUGUGCUAUAUUAUUAAUAAAAGUAAGUGAAACUAG